AUGGACCGACAUCCCAACGACACGAUCCAUGACUGGCACAUGGUGUCCCCAGCGCCCAUGGAGAGUGGGGAUGGUCACAACGAGACCAGGUGCUUUGCAGAACACAUCCCUGAAAUCGUCACUGGCAGCAUCACGCUGCUCAUCUGCCUGUGUGGGCUGGUGGGGAACGGGGCCAUCCUCUGGCUCCUUGGCUUCCGCAUCCACAGGAACCCCUUCACCGCCUACCUCCUGAACCUGGCCGUGGCCGACACCUGCUUCCUCUUCUGCACAUCGGCUUUCCUUGUGAUAUAUCACAUGCCCAUGCUCAGCUGCUUUCAGCCAAAGAUUUUGCAGGUGCUGCCACUAUUUCACUCCAUGGUGCUGCUCACGUACAGCACCAGCCUCUACCUCCUCACGGCCAUCAGCGUGGAGAGGUGUGUGGGUGUCCUCUGGCCCUUCUGGUGCCGAUGCCACCGCCCGAAGCUCCUGUCGGCCAUCGUGUGCAGCCUGCUGUGGGCCCUUGCUUGUGUCCUGGCCGGGUUGGUGUACUUCAUGUGUGACAUGGGUAACUCUGGACACUGCUGGAUGGUUCUUGGAACCUUGUGCUUUCUCAAUUUCUGCUUUUUCACUCCCUUUAUGGUUCUUUCCAAUGUGGUCCUCUUCAUCAAGCUUAGGCGCAGCUCUUGGCAACACCACCCAGCGAGGAUGUACACUGUCAUCUUCCUCACAGUUCUCUUCUUCCUCCUCUUUGGCAUCCCGCUCAGCAUCCAGAUCUUCCUCAACUUCUUUGUCUACAUCAGUUUUGUGUUUGAGGUCUGCCUGCUGCUGGCCUCUGUCAACAGCAGCACCAAUCCAAUUAUUUACGUCUUGGUUGGGAGCUACGGAAGGCCCAGGUUCAGGGGAUCUGUCAAAGUGGCUCUUCAGAGGGUCUUUGAAGAUAGGGCAGAUUCCCAAGAGGUGGGUGAGACCCCCAUGAUGGGAAUCACUGCCUAA